AAACAUACAUGAAUUAAUAGAUAUCAUAGGAAAAUUUCGUUUAGAAAUUUGCAUCUUUGGUUUUGAGUGAAAGUAAGACUUAAAUUAAUUGGUAGCUGAUGAUGAUACUUCAAGAAAUGAAAGUCCAGUUUUAGAUUCUCGAUUGAUUGAGAUUGUGAGUGGAUUGUCAGCUCAGAAAAAAAUAAAAUUAGAAAAUUUCAAACCCAGCUAAAACUUCUAACUUUCUAAAUAAAGUGAUGAAAGUAUUUACUAUGGAAUGAUGGAGUAGAGUUUAAAACAUGGAGUAGGAAUUCAACUAUGGCCUAAAAUAGGAAACUUAGUGAAAGGGUAUAAAUAAAUAUUAAGGUUUUCUUAGGACUUGGUAAAAUGACUUACUGGAAGGUGUGUGCACUAUGUUUUAUUCUAACGGAGACAUGUAAUUAUUAUAAUAAUAUCAUAGUUUUGAGGCUUAAUUCUCAUAAGGCAGGACAAUUGGUUUUGGUAUGUUUAAAUCUGAAAAAAAAGUUGUAAAAGGUAAAAUAUUUGUAAUUUAUUUUAGGAAUAUGGGUAAAUAAUCAACUAUAAGGAGAGGGUUAGGAGAUAAAAAGUGAUGGUACUACUUAUUUUGGAUAAUUUUGGGAAGGUAGAAAACAUGGAAGAGGGAUAUAAAUGUUUCCUGAUGGAUGCAAGUAUAAAAUCUUUUAAAAAAUUUUUUAGAUAUGAAGGAUUCUUUAAAAAUAAUAAAUUUGAAGGAGACGGAAUAUUUAUAUGGAGUGAUGGUAGUUAUUACUAAGGUUAAUUUCAUAAAGGAUUAAUUAGAGGAAUUGGUAAUUACAAUAAUAAUAAUGGACUUUAAUUAAUUGGACAGGUAUAAUAUUUUAAUUAAGGUUUAUUAGUUUUAAGAAAUAAAAAAAAUGGAAUCGCCAGAAUAGAAUAUUAAUAAAAAUCUACAAACAAUAACAUUUAUAAACUAAUAUAAUUAAACACUGUUAAUCGAAAAGAUACGUAUUCUCUGA